CCGCCUACUCUGAGCAAAAUAGAAAAGAACUGAUCCAAACAUUGCGUUUUAAUUUAAUUGAGACAUAUUUUUGUUUGCAGUUUAAGCAUUCAAUAGCCGUGAAAGCCUUGCCACCAUGUCAAAGGUAUAUUUACUACCUGUGGCUACCUUUCUCAUCUUCCAGGUGACGUUUCUCGGCACAUAUAUUGUGGCAGUGCUGGAGGGUCAUGUUGUGCCCACUAUCCCAUAUAUAAGUGAUGCAGCUACAUAUUCGCCGGAAAGCUGUAUUUUUGCGCAACUCAUAAACAUUGGCAGUGUUCUGUUGGGAAUCACAAUUUAUGUGCGCUAUCGUCAUGUACUGCAAUUAUUUGAGCACCAUCCGGAUUUGGACAGCACAGUAUUGCGCCAUAAUCGCGUAGCCUUAUGGUUUGGCUUGAUCUCCUGCUUGGGAAUAAGCAUUGUCGGCAAUUUUCAGGAGACAAAUGUGCGAAUUGUGCAUUUCAUAGGCGCAUUCUGUUGCUUUGGCUGUGGUACGCUCUACUUUUGGAUGCAGGCCCUCAUCACAUACAUUCUAUACCCAAUGGCCGGCACACGUAUCUUUGCACACAUACGCCUUGGAAUGUCAGUCGCCUGCACAAUAUUAUUCAUAAUGCUAGCGGUCACGGGCAUCAUGUCGCAUAUACUCUUCAAUGGACAGAAUCCACGUAAAUGGUACCCCUCGGAUGGCGGUUGGUAUUAUCAUGUUGUUAGCUCAAUUUCGGAGUGGAUCAUGGCCACAGUUUUUAGCUUCUACAUUUUAAGCUUUACGCCAGAGUUCCGUGAUAUAUCGCUGGAUCAUCCGCAGAUCUCAUUGCUCUCAUAUGCCUUGAUGGUAUAAAAAAACUGACUAUUUUACAAAAUGUACAUAUAUAAUUGUAAAAUGAUAAUCCAAUGCGGAGUCGCAGAGCUAGAGGUCUUACCUAUGACACGCUCUGGUUCCAUGAAUUUCCUGAACUUAUUAUCAAGUAGAAACCUACACAUAGGCAUAUAUAUAUAGUCAAGCUUAAUCCUAAUGUAUAUAAGUGCCGUUCCUGGCAGCCCUUAAUAGCGUUUGUUUAUAUAUGCUUCAUAAGUUCAUGACAUUAUAGCUAGUGUCAUGUCAAGCAGGAAGUAUAUACCAAAUACAGAAGCACAAUAUAUACCAAAUGCAAAAUAAGUCAGCAGCGUUAUUCUUUUUUAGUUAUAACUUGGUCAAUUACUAUCAGAUUGUUUAAUUGUUUCCUUUGUUAUGCUCGUAUUGAUGCAAUAAUCAAAAUUGCAAGCCUUAGGUUUUCCAAAUUUGAAUGCAGUUUAUUAAGAUGCUUCUCACGAGUAUAACAAAACAUGAAACUGUGAAAUCGGACUCUAUUUCACUAAGUUAGAGCUUAUAAAAGAUUGAUGUUUCAUAGAAAGUCGUCUUGUUUCUUUAUUCUUUUGUUUUUUUUUUUUUAAAUUGAACCAAUUCACACUAAUUUCAUUUGUGAAUGCCACGCCCACAUAAAAUGGUACAAAACAUCUCAAUCCCACAAAAUGCAACCAUUGGUUU